AUGUCGAUUCCCCUUUUUUAUAACGCUAUGGUCGAGGUCAACCCUUUUAGCAUUAGUGGCAACAAGCUAAUCAACGAGAUACCUGGUCGCUAUAAGGAUUUCGUAGUCGUUUAUGCUGAUGGUAGCGUUGUUAAUUUAAUGUUUACUUGCUAUGACAGGGAGGAUACCGCUUUGUUUUCAAGAUCAAUCGGCCUCGAGUACGAAUGGAAGGGUCGCAAAGGUUUUAUCGACGAGUUCGGCAUCAAGCAUUACGGUGCUAACAAGAAGGAGAGCGCUCAGGUCUUUUGUCUCCUCGACUACUUUGUCUUUUUCUUCAACGCAAUUAGAAAGCAAUUCACUUAUGAGGAUGUUAAGGUUCGAUUGAUCUUAGGUGAUUUUAUUCUUAAGCUUUUCGAUAGCGAUCAUGCCGAAGCUAAAAGCAUUUUGAAAGAGCUAUUGAUGCUAUACCCUUUUACUAUCGAUGGCACCUUAGGUUUCCUUAUAAGGAGGGGCAGAAUUUUGUACCCCCCGUGGGUUCCCCCGUGGGAAGGACUCAAAACUCCGUGGGGCCCCAUGGGGCCCCAUGGAGCAGCCUAG